AUGAAGCGCAACCGAGAGGAGGACAAGGACUACAGCUCUUGCACAAGUAGCAGCUGUAGCAACAGUUUGCUGAACAACAGCAGCGGCAACGAGACGAGUGGCACAGCCGCCACAGUACGUACCACAGGACGCGUUAAGAAACCAAAACAGGUCUACGAUCCGUCCGACUACUACAUUGGGAAACGGCAGACCAUGUUGGUAAACCGAUUAGCGGAGGCUACUUAUUGCAUGGAUGCUGCUGACAUUCAAUCGGUAAAAUCGGAAAAGGAUGAAGACACUGAUGCUGCUACUGUUCCGGAUACCGUUAGCCGUGGUGUUGUUUUGGCGACUGCUACUCCAACUAAUGGUUCCUCUGCAGAGCCACCGGCGCCACCGCCACCUAAAAACCUCACAUUUGAUACUUGUAUGAAAUGCCAUAAAAGCGAGCCCAAGCGUGGUUCCGGACACAAAAGUAACUUCCUAACCUGCAAGACCUGCCUGCGGAAGUGGCACUUUCACUGCAUGUCCAUAAAUUUCGAAAAUUUGAGUCUUGCGCGAAAGAAAUAUAGAUGCGAAAGAUGCCGUUCUUGCACUGUUUGCCUGUCCGGCAAACAUGCCAGGAUUCAAAAGGACAAGAUCGUGUGCAGCAUGUGUGUGGAAACAUAUCAUUUGGAGUGCCACCAUCCGCCCGUGCUGGACACCAAGCUAGUCGGCCCCAAGUGGAAAUGUGCCAAAUGCGUGGCUAAAAUCAAUAGCGUGCGAGAGGCCGCCGCCCGCGAAGCUGCGCGCGAUGCAGGCAGAAAGUCUAAGGAUGCCGAUGCAAUGCGCAAAUCCGUAAUGGGCCCCAAGAAAAAGGCAAAUGUUGGCCUCGCCAGCAAUGGGAAGCCAACCCAUAAAUUGAGCAGCGGUGACGAAGAUGCUUCCAUGAGUUCGUGCAGCUCCCUACCGCCGUUGCAGCCUAUUACUACGUUAGCAGCCAACUCUAUAUUAAAAAAGAAGCGGCGCCACAGCAACGAGGACAACUUGCCAUCGACUCACCCACCCCCUCCGCUCUACUCAAUCGCAUCGCAGCAUCUGUCCAACGAGAACGAGAACGAAAGGGGCAAUGUUGACAAGAUUGCAGAGCCCGUUGUGAAGCGGACAUACAUUAAUCUGCCGGUGCAGCAUUGGACCACUGAUGAGGUCGUCUCCUUUGUACACAAACGUUACCCCAACGAGGCGAAUGUCUUCAAGUUUCAGGACAUCGAUGGCGUCUCGCUGAUGCUCCUCACGCGCUACGAUAUCCUCAACCGCUUCGGCUUAAAAGUGGGCCCAUCGUUGCGACUCUACGAGCUGGUUACCACAAUGCAAAACCACGCCGACGAUAUACGCAUGGCCUGGAGUAAAUAGGCAACAUUUAGUUUGCACACAUGCUCAUUUGAUGAAGUCGAGAUUUCAUUUGUUAUAGCCUGUACCCAAAGGGUGAAAGGCUAUACUAGUUUUGUGCGCAUGUAUGUAACACACAGAAGGAGGCGUGGC